GCAUCAUACCAAAGAAACACAGAUUCACUCAAAGCUUUCUUUGGAAGAGUAAGCAUUCUGUUCCUCCUGGGGUAAAAUAUUGCAGAUCUGAGAACAGGAAGUAGUGAGGAGGAGUUCCACAGGCUCCUGCUUGUGUACAGAUACUCAACACACUCACACUACUGUUCUGACUCCCUUAGAACUUUAUAGCCACUCAGUCUGCAUGCUAUGCCAAGACUGGAGCAACUCACCUUCUCACAGGGCAGAAAACAAACAGACUGAAUUCCUAAUGGGAGCUGCUGCAAUCUCAAUUUCUACAUUUUAGUUGGAAACUUCAUUUGAAGUCCAGAAGAUUCAAGACAAUGUUCAUGUUUAUCCCGACCAUAUAUAUGUACAUAUAAUAGGACAAAUUAUCAUUCCUCCAUUAUGGUGUAAAAGACGAGCAGUUUCCCCAUUAAAUGUGGUAGCUCAGUGGUUAAAACAUUGGACUUCUGAUUGGAAGAUUGUGAGUUCACAAGCCACCACUACUAUUGAGCUCUUUAGCAAAGUCCCUAACCCUCAACAACUCAGUUGUAUAAAAUGGGCUAAAUGUAAGAUGCUCUGGAUAAGGGUGUCUGCUAAAUACCAUAAAUGUAAAUAAGUCACUCCUUCCACGCCUACAUUCCAUGAUUCUAUGGCUCAGAUGGGUGUUUUUUAGUACCAUUCUGUAUCAAGGCUAGAGUCUGCUGUUUUGUGCAAACUCCAGAUCAGCACUUUCUGAAGUACUCAAACCAGCCUUUCUGGCACCAAUACCCAUGCGGCUCACAACGACUGAGAUCACAUUCUCUGAGAACGUUAACUGAAGCUCUUUGACCUGUAGCUACUUGAUUUAUUUUUAUUUUAUUUGUUUUUUUUUUUUUUUUUUGCAUUGCACUGCUGCAACAUGAUUGGCUGAUUGGAUAAUUACAUGAAUACGAGCAGCUGUACAGGUGUGUGAGCAUAUACAUGUAUGUAUAUAUAGUGACAAAACUGAACAUUGUCCUUAAUUUGUUCACAUUCGUAGGUGUAAACCAGCUGCACUGGUUCUACAUUCAUGGCUUUACUGGGUGAGUUCAACACCAAACAACCUCACCUGAGGGAGGCUUGUGCAAUUCUGCAUCACCUGCAUGAAGCACCUCCCCACCUUUUUUUUUUUUUUUGCAUGACCAGUUUCAUACCCUCCCACCCGACAAGAACACGAACAAAGGGUGGAGCUUGGGUAUUAACUGCAGAACUUGGACUCCAAGGAAACCACCAGUGCCUCCCUUGAGCUAUACACGAUAGCACCAAAGCAGGAACUUGCCAGGAUUUUGACCUGCCGAGUACCAAAAAUCCACAAUGAAGACCCCACUCGCCAUUGAGCGCUGAAGAUGGUGUUACAUGACUUCACAUCCUACACCAAACUUAAGGAGAAGCAGUCCAGCUUGAAACCCACAAAAAGCUCCAAUGAUCUCGACACGAAAGGAAAGCUUAACUUCCCCCACCCUGGAGGAUUCAUUCUUUCCCUUCUCCUCAUCGACCCCUGUUUCCCGGCAUCGCAUCAUGGGCCUGGGGGUCAGAGCAAACAACCUGCUGGCAUCCCACACAGACCAGGACAGCAGCUCGACUAUGCUGGAGAAGGAUCUCAUCCUGGCAGCUGAAGUGGGCCAGGCUCUUCUGGAGCGGAACGAGGAGCUGCAAGCUCAGCUGGAACAGAUGAGGAGAGACAUGGAGGCUUUGCAGCAGGAGAAGCACACGCUACAGAGACACCUGGAGGUACGGGAACUAGAGGCAGGGCAGCGGGAGGCAGAGCUACAGGCUGAUAUCGCGUCGUUACGACAAAAGUACGACCAGAAGCACAACCAGGGUCGAGACCGACGGCGUGAAGAAAGUGAGCAGCUUACGCAACUGUCCAGUCACAACCAGAAGCUGGUGGAGCAGUUGGCCGAGGCAGUGUCGGUGGAGCACUCUCUGCGCCUAGAGCUACGCUCUCUUAAAGAGGAAAUGGAGGACACGAGCUUCAGCAGAUCGAUAAGUUCUGCUCGCCUGGACAGCCUACAAGCAGAGAAUCAAGUUCUAAAAGAGCGGUUCUCCAACAUGGACGAGCGGCUGAAGUCAUCAGAUGAGGACAACGAAAGGUUGAGGAUGGAGAGGGAGGGGCUGCGUGCAAGACUCCUAGAACUACAGACCGACCUGAAAGAAAAGGAGUGUGAGCUGGAGCAGCACCAGAGUGAGGCGUUCCAGCUGCGCACCAUGAACCGGACCCUCCAGCAGAAAGUCCAGGCUUUUGGAGAAGAGGCAAGUCUUGAGGAGACCACAUGCUUCCCCCUGUCCCUCCAGAAUGAACUGCAACAGUCUCAGGCUAAAGAAAGCAUCUUUGCCCAUUCUGCUGUCCUGCAGGAGAAAGAUGAGGAGAUUGAAAGGCUAAAGAAAGAGCUUGAGUCCAGCCAGGAUGAAUUGGCGGCAUUAAGAGACGAACUGAAGCUGUUUCGCAGUGAUCCCAGCAAACCAACAUACAGUGCUUUGGAAGAAGAGCUCGCUGUGGCCCGGCAGGAACGUGACACGCUCAACCAGCAGCUCCUGAACACCAUCAGACACAAGGUGGCGCUCUCUCAGGAGGUCGAAUCAUGGCAGGAGGACAUGCGUCUGGUGAUAUCCCAGCAGGUGCAGCAACAGGUACACGACAGGGAGAAAGAGAAACAGAAGAUGACAUCGCCUCUGCAAAGAAACAUUCGCACAAGCAAGUCUUUCCGUUUACCAAGAGAGGAGGGGAAGAAGAACUUCUUCUCUUCUUUGUUUGGUGGGGACUAAAAAAAAAAAGUUGACUGACAAAAAAACAAAAACAAGAUGAGGACACGAAACUACUGAAAGGACCAAAAGCAUAUUUCUGGGGUAUAUUUUCUCUCCAGGACAAUAUAAACCAUAUGAAGCAGACCAAACAAUGUAUAAUGGCAUGGCAUUCAUGCAUAUUUAUUUUGUCUAUAUACAUUCUUGAUGUAUAAAAUAUGACACAAAUGUUUAUUAUGAAAAGUGUUGAUAAAAAUCCUUAAUAUAUUUAAUGUCUGAGUCUUUCAUCAUGCUUUACACA